AAGUCCAUGAACCAGCCCCCCCUCCAGAGGAAGCUCCUGAGGAAGAGGAGAAGCCCAGAAUAAAACUAACUGCUCCUAAAAUACCAGAGGGUGAGAAAGUAGAUUUUGAUGACAUCCAAAAGAAAAGGCAGAACAAAGACCUGAUUGAACUGCAGGCCUUGAUUGACAGCCACUUUGAAGCCAGGAGGAAGGAAGAGGAAGAGCUGGUCGCCCUCAAGGAGAGGAUUGAGAAGCGCAGAGCGGAAAGAGCAGAACAGCAGAGAAUCCGGGCUGAGAAGGAGAAGGAGCGUCAGGCAAGGCUUGCAGAGGAAAAGGCACGGAGAGAGGAAGAAGAUGCCAAGAGAAAGGCUGAGGAUGAUCUGAAGAAGAAGAAGGCUCUGUCUUCCAUGGGUGCAACAUACAGCAGUUAUUUGGCUAAGGCUGAUCAAAAGAGAGGAAAGAAGCAAACAGCUAGAGAGACUAAGAAGAAGGUCCUGGCAGAGAGGCGCAAGCCCUUGAACAUUGACCAUCUUAAUGAAGACAAGCUGAGGGACAAGGCUAAAGAACUUUGGGACUGGUUAUAUCAGCUGGAGACUGAAAAGUAUGACUUUACAGAGCAGAUCAAGAGGAAAAAAUAUGAGAUUGUCACCCUCAGGAACCGGAUUGAUCAGGCCCAGAAGCA